CACACACUCUGUUUCAUCACUAAAUCUCUGUCUUGAGAGCUUUCAUCCAAAUCAACAAUCUUGCUUCCUCUUCUUCACUUCUCUCAUACUCUUUCUUCAUCUUUGUCUCUUAAGACUCUCACAUCACCAAUGGCCUGCUUAGAGGUCUGCAAAGAGGGAAAAUUCAAAGAAGAAACAGAAGAGUUAACUCUUGAUGGAAGUGUUGACUGGCAUGGUCGCCCUGCAAUCAGAGCCAAAUCUGGUAGCUGGUUCGCCGGAACUAUUAUACUCCUGAACCAAGGUCUUGCAACCUUAGCAUUCUUUGGAGUUGGAGUGAAUCUAGUUCUGUUCCUGACAAGAGUUUUGGGUCAAAACAAUGCUGAUGCUGCCAACAAUGUCAGUAAAUGGACAGGCACAGUUUACAUCUUCUCUCUUGUUGGUGCUUUCCUAAGUGAUUCUUAUUGGGGAAGAUACAAAACAUGUGCCAUCUUUCAGGGCAUUUUUGUUCUUGGUCUAGUAUCAUUGUCCAUUUCAUCAUACUUUGCUUUGCUUAGACCAAAAGGCUGUGGAAAUGGAACAAUUGAAUGUGGGAAACAUUCGAGUUUCGAAAUGGGAAUGUUCUAUCUAUCAAUCUAUCUAAUCGCGUUAGGAAAUGGAGGGUAUCAACCAAACAUUGCUACAUUCGGUGCUGACCAAUUCGAUGAAGAUCACUCAAAGGAAAGUUACUCGAAAGUGGCGUUUUUUAGCUACUUUUAUCUGGCGUUGAACCUUGGUUCGCUUUUCUCGAACACCAUUUUGGGCUAUUUCGAAGAUGAAGGAUUAUGGGCACUUGGGUUUUGGGCUUCUGCUGGUUCUGCCUUUUUGGCUCUUGUACUUUUUCUUGUCGGUACUCCAAGAUAUCGACACUUUAGACCCGCUGGUAAUCCUCUUUCAAGAUUCUGUCAAGUCCUUGUCGCUGCUUCGAGGAAAUUGGGAGUUCAAAUGACACCAAAUGGAGAGGACUUGUAUGUCACCGAUGAAAAGGAAUCCGCUACCAAUUCCAACCGAAAGAUUCUCCACACACAUGGUUUCAAGUUUUUGGAUAGAGCAGCAUUUAUAACUUCAAGAGAUUUAGAGGUUCAAAAAGGAGGCCAAACUAACCCUUGGUAUCUUUGUCCUAUAACUCAAGUUGAAGAAGUAAAAUGCAUACUAAGACUUCUUCCAAUUUGGCUAUGCACAAUAAUAUACUCCGUAGUUUUCACUCAAAUGGCUUCGCUUUUCGUCGAACAAGGCGCUGCAAUGAAAACCACAAUUUCCCGCUUCAAAAUCCCGCCAGCAAGCAUGUCUAGCUUCGACAUCCUCAGCGUAGCCAUCUUCAUUUUCUUCUACCGUCGAGUCCUCGAUCCACUCAUCGGAAAACUCAAAAAAUCAAGUUCGAAAGGACUCACGGAGCUUCAAAGAAUGGGAAUCGGUCUCGUCAUAGCCGUAAUAGCAAUGGUUUCCGCCGGAAUAGUCGAAUGCUACAGACUCAAAUACGCAAAACAAGGCGGCACAAGCUCUCUAAGUAUCUUCUGGCAAAUUCCUCAGUAUGCACUUAUAGGAGCUUCUGAGGUAUUCAUGUAUGUAGGACAAUUAGAAUUCUUCAAUGCUCAAACACCAGAUGGAUUAAAAAGCUUUGGAAGUGCACUUUGCAUGACAAGUAUCUCACUUGGUAACUAUGUGAGUAGCUUAAUUGUUAGCAUUGUUAUGAAGAUUUCAACCGAAGAUCACAUGCCAGGUUGGAUCCCUGGAAACUUGAAUAGAGGUCAUCUUGACAGGUUUUUCUUCCUAUUAGCUGCUUUGACAUCUAUAGAUUUGGUUGCAUAUAUUGUUUGUGCAAAGUGGUUCAAGAAUAUUCAGCUGGAAUGCAGAUAUGAAAACAAUGAUGAGCAUAGUAGCUUCAAAGUUUAACCAUUUGCUAUAUGGAUUAUGGACAAGUAUUAAUUAACAUUAUUAUAUAUAUAUGAAUAAGAGAAGGAAGGUAGGAACUAUUAUAGAAGAAAAAUGUGAUGGUUUGGAUUCAAAGAAGGCCUUUUUGUACCUGAGUCUCUUGUAAAUGUUUUCAGUCUAGUUUUUUUUUUUAAUUUUGACUAAGAUUUUCAGUUUAUGUACUUGAACCCAUGGUUGUGUAUACUGAACUUUUUGAAGAGGCAAUGAUAGUUUUAGGGCCUCUAUGAGCUUUCCUUCUUUCAUUUUUUGUAAUUUCCAUUGUUAAUAAUCAUGGAUGUGUCAUUUUGAUUUA